GUUUGCAGCUCUCAGCUCAUGAAUUAACCGCAUCCAGAGCAGCAGGAUGUCUGCGGGCCUCGUCUUCUGAUUGCGAUUCGCUCAUCGCCGGAUUUUGCCCACGUUACGAGCCAGAAAUUCUCAGCUCUAGCCUGAUAUGUUUCAUUAAUUUUUUGAAGCAAAAACAACAGAUUUUAUAGUGGGACUUUUGGUGCAAAAUGUGAUAUGUGAUUGUUUUUUUGCCUUUGUGCUAUGCAAUUGUACUAGUGGCUGUAAAUCCUGGAUAUUUUGUAAACUGGAGGUGUACUGAUCAUGGCCUCUAGGAUUUGCUUGCUGGUCUGCUUUACAAUAUCUACAAUAAAUUCAGUACAAUCGGUGGUUCAAGGAACAGGUCAUGCAAGUGGUGGUGGUGGAAACUCACUUCUGGAAACGUCAACAAGAGGACCGCACUUUGAUGCCGCCGCCUCAAAAAAUGUUACAGCCCUUCUAGGAAAGACCGCAUACCUCAAUUGCAGAGUCAAAAAUUUAGCAAACAGAACGAUGUCUCUACAGGUGUCUUGGGUACGACAUCGCGACGUUCAUUUGCUGACUGUCGGUCCGUAUACUUACACAAGCGAUCAGAGGUUUCGAGCCAUCCAUGAACCGCACACAGAAGACUGGACGUUACAAAUCAAGUAUCCUCAACACAGGGACUCAGGAGUCUAUGAGUGCCAAAUCUCCUGCACUCCUCAUCUCAGUCAUUUCAUUCACCUAACUGUUAUUGAGCCCGACACAGAGAUCGUAGGCGGCCCGGAAUUAUUCAUUGAUCGGGGAAGCACCAUAAACUUGACGUGUGUAGUUCGACACAGCCCAGAACCUCCAGCUUAUAUUUUUUGGAACCACAACGAAGCGAUCAUAAGUUACUCAAGUAUAAGAGGAGGCAUAAGUGUAGCAACAGAAAGAGGCGAAACCAGUCGAAGCGUUCUACUCAUUCAAAGGGCCAGACCAUCCGAUUCUGGAAACUACCAGUGCAAUCCUUCAAAUUCUAGACAUGCAAAUGUAACAGUCCAUGUUUUGAAUGGUGAGCAUCCUGAAGCUAUGCAGCAUGGAGGUAACCAAAGAAUGGGUCCCUCCAUAGAAGUGCUGGCCUUCAUUGCAUACGUCUUGCUUGCAUACAGUUAAAUGGAAACCAGGCAGAAAGAACUUCGUGACUUCUAAUUCUGUCGAACUAUCCUAAUGUAAUGGAGUAGUCAUCCUAAUGUUUGGUUUGUGAUAUAAGUGGUAUAUUUUCUACUAGCUCGACCAUAAGGGAUUAUAAUAAGGCCAUGUAAUUAAUCACAAAAAAUCAUUCAUGGUAAUAAAGUAUUUUAUCCGGGCGCAGUUAACGGUGGUUAGGACUAUAAGAAAGUCGAGCCAGACAAACCUAUAGUGACUAUUCCAUUGACUCUUUCAUGCUGAAUAGAUUUACACAUGCAUGUUUCUCCUUCUUGCAAAUAGGGAUUCUGCGAAAUUUAUAUCUAUUAAUAUGUGACAUGGGUUUUCAGAUAUUAGUUUCAAAAUUCUGCCAGGAAGACGUAUAUCCUGAAUAAAUUUCCAUUUAUAACAUUAAUCCGCCUAUAUUUCUCCACAUAAUCCACGUGCAAUUUUAAAGAGAUUUUACCCCCAAACUUACAUUAUUUGCAGUAGUCUGGAAACUAAAACUGUGUAUCCACGUAAAUUUGUAUCCUGGUAAACAGCAAAUAUGUUUUUGCUACAAAAAAAUACAAUUAAAUUCCUGGAAAUUGAACAUAAUUUCUGCCUCCCCAAAUCACUCUUCUGAACGAUGCUGUGUAAGAUAAGCUUAGUAGUAUUAGAUUCACCAUUAAUUAAUUCAAUGAAACUAUAAGGACUGUGAGAAAGUUUAAAUUGUUCUGUGUUUUUAAUUACUGUUGAUUGAAAGGUCGAUAAUUCAAAGUUACAGAUAUUAAAGGUACGGCUCAAAACUCAUAUUAAAGUUGUACAUAAAUCUAGUUAAAUUCUAGCAUAUAAAUUUUAAUGGAUAAGAUACGAAUUACGAAAGAGAUUACACGUUAAUAUUACUAUGAAGAUAUAUUUAAAUUAUAUAUAUUUCAGAAUGGAUUUUGUAUAUACAUUAGUUAGGUUUAGACAGGCAUUUCUUUCAUUUACUGUGUUUUCAACGGUUUUCAGGGCAUGUUUAAUUUCAAUUCGAAUAUGGAUAUAUCUUAGCUACUGCAACCAGUGUAUAGACGUUUACAUGCAUAUUGAAACGGCAAGUUUAAACUAAAAAGUUUUUCUGAAAUUGUCUGAAAAACCAUUUAUCGACCAUUAAGCUGAAUUUUUUCAAGAACAAUCAAGCAUUAAAAUUUUCAGAUAGAUUAUUACAGAAAAUUUGACAAACUUCUGAUCUUUGAAAAAGUAAGAAUUUAGAAUAAUGAAGAGCGUUGAUUAAGUGAGUUCUUGCACUCCUAAAAUUUAAAAUAAAUCCAAAACCAUAUCCAAAAGUAAAUUUCAUUGAUAUUUUCAGGUUCGAAAACAAAGCGUGCGUAAUUUUCCUAGAUAGAACUUUAACUAGUGGAAGUAUGUAAGAAAACUAAAAAAAUAUCAAUAGAAAGUUGCUAAUUUCCAAUGUGGCAGCCGUAAAUGAUUGCUGAUAUUUCGAAUCCUGGACAAUCCGUCAUCAAGACGUGCUAAAACCACUUAAGGUAUCGAAACUGAUGAAUCAAUAAAGGAAAAGUUUCUGUAUCUCAAUAGUCAAGAAGUCAAGUAAGUGCAAAAUUUGAGCGUAAAUGUUGUUCAAAAGCAGGCAAACGGUUUAAUUUUCCUAAAACAAAAAGAAGUUAAAAGUUCAGGAACUGAACAAGAAAAUGGCCAACGAAGAGUUCAAUUGCUACUGAUUCAUUAAUUGUGUUCUGUUCUUAUAUUUCUUAAUUUUUAGUAAACUGACUAUCAGUUAUUAAAACAAAUAUUACUACAAAUAGUAAUUCAACAAUAACAGAAGCACCAUUAAUUAUCAAAGAGAAUCAAAUAGAAUAUGUUGAGCCGACAAGAUGGCCCAUUAUAGAGUGGAAAUUGCAAAUGUGUCUGUUGCUGGUUGCUGUAUGUUGCAAAUUUUAAAUGGGGUUUUCUAUCUGUCUCUUAUACCCUUUUGAAAAGAAUUGCAGAAUCGCAUUUUCAACAGUGAAAAGAACAUUUCAAAAUUAAUUUAAUCUACUCAAUAGAAUUUUAUUAAGAGCUCUCGAUUUGCUAUUUGCCAGCAACCAAAUAUGUUAAUUAUCUGAAUUGAUUUAACACCUUUAAACAACUAAUAUCUGAUAUUUUUGUAAAAUGUUCCGAAUAUAAUACUUGGGCUAUUUUGACUCUCAAAUUGUACGAAGGUUAGCGGAAUUUUUCUUUCUACAUUGAUAGCGUUGUUUUCAUCUGUGCUAUUAGAAUGGAAAUAUACGUGGAUUGCUCAGAAUAAUAUCCAGUUUUAUUAAACAUUCUAUGUUAUUUACAUUUUUCAGUAAAUGCAAUUGUUUAAAGGUUUUUAUAAUAGGCCUAUUUCUUAGUAGACUUCAAAUAUAGAUUUUUUUUGUUAACGCGUAUUUUCUUGCUUUUCAAUCACGUGAACUAUUAUAAAUGCAAAUAAUUGAUUUAAUUAACUGAACUAUAAAACUGCUGACUAACGGAAAUAUUGGGACAGUGGCGUUUACAUUUGUGACCCAAAUACAGCAACAAUAUGUACAGAUUCUGCACUUAAAAAUACCCGGUAUCAAAAUGUGAAUCGCAUGAACCAUUGCCAGAAACAUUAGAACUUGGAAGCGAUCGUAAUCGGGGAAAUUUUGAAGGAGAUUAUUACAGAAACCGCAAAAGUGAAUUGAAUAAGUCUGAAUUUUCUAGCCAUUUCGAAAUGGUUUCUCAACUCAGUCACAUUGCUCAGCAUCAGAAUGAUGAAUUGAUAAAUGCAAACUUAAGAGCAAGUAUUAAGAUCUUUGAAUCCUUCACAUUUCUACAAUAAUCAUUGACUUGACACACGGGCUAUAUAACACCAUUAAAACCCAAAAUAAAUGUCGAUUAAAGUGCCUCAAUAAUUUGAGGGAUGAAGAAUGAGAAUUCAUUAAUCGGCGUUGUAGGAACGUUUAUGACCUCACGUGCAGCCUGAAAGAAUUUAUGUGCGUGUGCGGGCUUCCUAACAAACGUUUUCUUUCCAAGAUGAGGUACUAGCGCACGUUUAUGCACUGGCACGUAAGAAACAUCCAUUUUAUUUGCCAUUAAUACAAGUAAUUUCACUAGUAUAAUAUUAUAAUUAAUAUUAACAUUGUUUCACAGUUUUGCAAAUUAUUUUAUGCAACACGAUUCAUAAUUUUUCUGCAAUUUCGCAUUUAAAAAGUAUGUAAAACCGCAUUGUACAUAGGAGGUUUAAAUAGAUCAUGUCAGAAUAAUUGGUUUUGCAACUGGCUACAGAAAGACUAUCUUUUGGCGAUUUUGUAAACCAAAAAAACAAUUUAAUGAUUAAUAAGUUAAAACAGUUUAAGAAACCUACAACAGCUCAUUAAAGACGCUAAGUUUUAUACAGUCAGUGCUGCUUUUCAAGGUUAUAAUUAAAUGUUAGUAAGUUGGUAAUAGAAUGGCGGUAAGAGUGGUAAAUGAUGUAAAUAGGAAUGGAAGGGAAAUAAUUUAAAAUAAAUGGUAAAGCCCCACUUAACUUCUAAACAAUUCUUCUUCGAAUAUUGGAAUACAUUUUUAUUUCUACUGUAUUGUUUAAUACUUGCAUUAUUCAGUGUCCUAGUGGCGUAAGCCACUGAGUAUUUUCGGCCAUCCAAGCCUCCACUCAAAUUGUUCCGAAGAAAUUCCUGAAAACUAUUCUGCACUAAUAAGAUAAUUGUCACAAUGAAUUUGAAAAACAUAUUACGGUAUUUAUUUUACCGCAUUUGCUUGUCGCUAUACAACUUGUCUCAGAAAGAAGUUAUAGUCCGACAAAUUAUUCUAUUUAAAAUGUAAUCAUCAAAGUCCCUAUAAAUGUAAGUGCGGAAAAGGUUCAAGAUAUACAGUAUGACAAAUGAUGAUUUGGAAACUAAUUUUCUUGAUACUAUUUCAAAAAUGUUGCUGAUAUUUUAAUGAAAUUUGGCAAAUAAAAUCCAAAUAGAUUGUAUGUUAUAGUAACGCAGUGAAACAGCAAAAAAACGAACAUUAAUUUUUUAUUUGAAUCCCUGACUACUUUGCUAACAGAAACAAACCUUGAGAACUAAAAAAUAGAACUCAAGAGAUCAAAGAGGACUCAAGAUCGGAAAAUGCAUAAUUCAGCCUACUUCGCAGUUUUCGAUAUGAGGAAUAAAAUUUAAAAAAUGUGUAUUUUUAUUGUUCGAGAACAAUACAUUUUGGACUAGUCUUUAACCGACUUGAACUUUUGUCGUCUGUAAAUCCCAGACUACGCAUUUCCGGACAAUGUUUAUAGAAAUGUUUAUGCUUGGGAUUAGAUGCAGAGAAUAACAUACGGCAUAUUCGGUUUCAAACAUCCAAUUGCUGCGAAUUAAGUCUCGUUGAAAAGGACUUUUUCUCUUCUAUUGCGUGCUUUAAAAUGUUCUGAUACCAUUAACUGUAUGUAUAGUUAGCGGGAGCAUUAAAUAUGUAUUCAAUUAGUGGAAACUUUAGCUGCUCAUAAAUGUGCUCGCCUGAAAGACUAUUUUCAAAGUAUCUCUAAGUUACUUUCAGAAAUGCCUCUUUCUAAGCUGCGUUGAAAAUUCUGCUCAAAAGCUUGGAAUUUUUCAUUCCUGAAUCAUCAUCAAAAGCCAAACUGAUUCUUUCUGUAUGAGUUGAAGUGUAUUUUCUUGAAAUGAACAAAAAUAAAUCCUGUUGAAUGGUAAAUAUGAAAAGUAUGAAACAGUUGUUAAGAAGCUUAUACAAAAGGUUAGGAUGAUUCCAAAACCAUAGACUUGUACUUAGAAGUCUUUACUUUGAAACUUAAAUUAAUUUUGAAAUCCUCAACUUUUCUGAGAAGAUUAUGAUCUAUUUAAACUUAGCAAUCAGUAAAAAUAUAUCAUUUCAUUACAUUCCAUUUUUUUGUAAUUAUUAUUAAGAUUUCUCUCACACUCUAGCAUGAUAUGAUAAAAUAAUUCUCAAUGUGAACUGUACAUAAUAAAUGAUAAUUCUAUGAAGAAAACGUAGUGAGUAAGGGAUAUAUUGAAUCUUAUUUUACUUUGGUUUUUCAUUAAUAUGUAAUAUACACAAUAUUGUAAAGUGGUGUGAACAACCCGAUAGAGCUCUGGCCCAUGUAAAAGUUCACUCUUCACACCGUAAAACUAUUAAUUUUAACAAUAAAGUAAUUGAGUUUUA